AUGUUAGCAUGCCUCCUGUCCACCUGCGCUCUCUCAUCUCAGUCUCACAAUGUCGGGGUUCUCACAAAUCGUUGUAUUCAUGGCGUCAUGCGGCGUCAGUUCACUCUGCGAUUAACUCGUGCUGAAUUGGACAAAACAGCCAAAAGCAAAUUUCGCCGAGUACUAUCACGUGACUUUACGAUCACGUUUGUAUUUACGGCGGACGAUUGUUCCCGUUGUGCUGGUCCCAUAACACCAAUUGGACAGAGUAGUGCCGCCCCUACAGAAGAGACUCGAGCGACCGGGUCGAAAGUUACAACUACAGGGAAUACGACAUCUCCGUCCCGAAGCGGGCUGGCGUCACUGGCAGCUACUUUGAACUUUCCGGCUUCGCUCUCAUUUGUGCAUACGCGUAGUUUGCGUGGCUCAUCACACACCAAGACCGCGAAACCUGAAAAUGUUACAUCUUACGAGAAACGAAAUGCAUCGUCGUUACCCAAACGACGUAGCAGUGAUCUGGGGCAAUCUGGUUUGGUUCAUCAUGAACCUUUUCGGUCCGCUGAUACCACAACUCCUUCACCAUCUCCUUUACAGCCGUCAGUUCCACCAGCCAAGUCACUGGUUGCUGAAGAACCCAGCUCCGAUGAAGAGGUGGAUACCACGGAUGAAGAGGAGGACGAGGAAGUCGACGUGUCCGAUCCUGAGGGACUGGGUUCGCACAGCGCAGCAUCAGACCCAGCUGUCGAGACCCGAUCAAAUACCACCGGCUCACAACCUUACGCAUCUUGCUUGACUCCACCAACCAGCUCACUUUCACUGAAUGCCAUCGAUCAGGCUCGUCCUACUAAACCCGCAACUCCUACUGUCCCACAAAGCAGAUCGAUGGUUCACUUUAGUCGCUACUCUUCACUGCAGCUGAAAAAAAUGAAAACCCCGGGUCAGCAGUCGACAACGGCUAACUCUGCUGAUCGUCGUACUCCGUUCGUGUCAUCUUCUGACCGCGGGCCGGAUAACCAAAGUGCCCCUUCCUCCAGUCCCGUCCGACAUCACUACUCUAGGCUUGCACAGUCGGUGGUAAACACAGAUAGCAGUCAGUCACCGAAAAAAACAACCGAGGAUGCUUACUCACGAUUAUGA